UUAUCGCGACUGGUGGGAGGGAAGAGCAGAACUGUCAGCGAAGCAAGAUGGCGGCGGAGCCUUCCGUGGCGGUUUCCCCUCAGCCUGGGCGUUGCGCCUAUUUUGUGGAGCGGAAAAGACGCUUCUGCAAGAUGGUCCCGGCUCAGGGCAAGCGCUUCUGUGGGGAACACAGCGGUCAUGAGGAAGAAAACAGCAGAAAAAGAAUUCCCUGCCCUUUGGAUCCAAAACAUACUGUUUAUGAAGAUCAGCUACAAAAACACUUGAAAAAGUGUAAUUCAAGGGAGAAACCAAAGCCUGUCUACUAUGCUCAAGAUAUUAAUGCAGGAUUAAAAGGUACAACAGAGCUGCCUGGAGAGCAGCAGGUACCAAUUUCUACUCUCUCUGAAGAAGAGUUAGAGGACUUAAUUAGAAAGCUAAAAAGAGCAAGUAACUGUAUAAAUUAUGUACUUGAGGACCAAAUCCUCUGUCACCAAGCUUUGCGAGAGGCCUUAAAUGAUCCUAAAAAUGGAGAUGCAGCUUUUAAGCAUUUGAAACAACAGGCUUCUAUAUUAGGUAACAUGGAAAGAUUGCAUUUGCUUGAACCAGGCAACUGUUUUGUUGAAUUUGGAGCAGGACGAGGAAAGCUGUCCCACUGGGUUGAUAUAGCAUUACAAGAUUCUAAAGAUGUGCAUUUUCUUCUUGUUGAAAGGGCAACUACCAGGUUUAAGGUAGAUGGUAAGCAUAGAAAAAAUUGCUUUGAAAGACUUCAAGUUGAUAUCCAGCACUUGUGUUUAAAUAACGUACCUGUUCUUGUGAAAGAGAAGCUACCUGUAAUAGGAAUUGGAAAGCAUGUAUGUGGUGCUGCAACAGAUCUUGCUUUGAGGUGUUUAGUUGAAACCUAUGCAAAACUCUGUGAUGACAAAAAGGAAGGUCCUGCAUCAAAACGCUUCAAGAACAAUGCAACCAACAGAACAUCUAACUAUUCUGAUGAAUCCUAUAGCGAGCCUGUAACUGAGAAUUGGAGCCCCGUGGCUGGAAUUGUUAUUGCUCUAUGUUGCCAUCACAAGUGUGACUGGAAGCAUUACGUAGGCCAAGAGUUCUUUACAACAGUAGGACUUGGGGCAAUGGAAUUCAACUAUUUUAAAAGAAUGACAAGCUGGGCCACUUGUGGCAUGAGAGAAACCACUGCAAAAACCUAUACAACUCAUGCAAAGAAUGAAGAACAAAGCAACGAGGCCGAAGAACAUGAGCAGCAUGGCAGAAGUGUUGAAUAUAAUUUGGAUAGCCUGCAAGGGCUACUAACCGCUGAGGACCGAAAGCAGAUAGGUCACCUUUGCAAACUGUUGAUUGAUCAUGGUCGGAUUGAAUAUUUACAGCAGAGGGGGUAUGAAGCUGUGUUGCAGCACUAUACAGAUCCCAGUGUGUCCUUAGAAAAUGUACUCUUAACAGCUGUGCCUCAUCAGUCUUCACUAGUCCCUUCAACUGCUUAAAAACUGGAGGUCUUCAGAACUACUGGACACAGUGUCUGUAGAAAAUUUCUACAUUUCUAACAUCCACUAUUGUGCUUGCCAAAUAAGUACCGGCACCAACUUACUUUUUUGCAUUGAGGGAACACCUUUACAUAAUUGUUAUAGCGGAUAUGUGUACUGUUCAAUUCCUCUGUGCCUGGAAGAACUGCAGUUGUUACCUUCCAGUAAUAGUGAAAACCCAGACUGGCAUGGAUUGACUUUUUUUUUUUACUUGUCGUUGACAGCAGCACCAGCUAGAAUAUCAUUUUCCAUGUUUUCUGAAAGAGAACACAUUGAAUGGAAGAAAUCCACAUGCCAAGAAAAUUUCACAUUUAAAUUUUUUAAUGACAACUUAGUUAUAAUCCUACCUAAUUUGUUCACUAUACCUUUUUGUAAGGGUUUUUACAAGUUUUAAAAACUGUUUUAAUUACAUACUUGCAUAGAAUUAAAGAGCUUAGCUGAA